AUGUCUACAGCUGCAGAAUCGUUUAAUAAAUGGAUACUUGAUAUGCGUAAUUAUCCAAUCACAAGGUUGGUUGAUACACUCAGAAAUCAAAUAAUGACUAUGAGGGCUCAGCGUAAAGUUUUGGCUACUAAUUGGAAUGGGUUAAUUUGUCCGAAUAUGGAAAGCCAUGUUAGGGAGGCGUACUCCAAUGGUUGCACAUGGAUUAUUGGCCAGUCAAAUGAAGACAUAUAUGAGGUCCAUUCAUUUCUAACGGUGUUGGUGGACAUUGGCAAGCGUUCAUGUUCUUGCUUUCAAUGGCAAUUGAACGGAUUCCCAUGUGCACAUGCGGUGGUUGUAAUACAGAGUAGUGGAAAGGAUUUCAGUACAUUUGUUGAACAAUUUUUCACUGUCAAUCAGUAUAAAGCUGCUUAUUUUGGAUACAUUCAACCAAUACCAACAGUUGACAAACCCUCAUUCUCGGAAGACGACUUCAUCAUAUAUCCACCGGCAGUUAAACGUCCUCCAGGGCGACCCAAGAAGAAUCGAAUACCAUCUCGGGGAGAGAAACUAAGUCAGAUUAGGUGCGGUCAAUAUGGCCGCAUGGGCAGCCACAACCGAAAGACAUGUAUAGAACCAAUUUAG